CGUUAUCGCCGACUGGAAACUCUCCGGGGCACGAUCGCAUGACGUCAUUUACCCAUUCUCCCCCCCCGGAGGCGUGACGUCACUGCGUGUUUGACACUCGGGCCUGCCGCACGUUGCAGAGACGGCGCGCCGAAGAGAGUUGUCCCUCGCCCGCCACCAACCCUCACGAGCCCCCGGUGGUGCAGGCGAGGACUUUGCAAGGCCUGCACCUUGACGUCACUUGAUUCGGGCGACGAGUGAGGAGACCCAAGAGAGAGAUAAGAGAGAGAGAGCGAGAGCAGGGGCCGCCUAGGCGAGCGAGGCCCGGAGUGAGGAGCGAGGCACGCGUGAGGGAGCGGGCGAGUUGCUGCGCGCCAUGGAACUCACGGCGCUCGGGGGAGACGCGGGGGACGCCAUCCGCGACCUGGGGUACGCGCUGCCCGCGGGCGGCGUGCAGGACGUGUGUCAGCUGGCGGACGGAGGCCCGGCCUCGCCCGACUUCACGCAGCUCUGUGCCUGGCUCACCAAUCAACUCCGCGCCGUGUCUCCUCUGGAGGAGAGCCUCACACCCACCAGCGACCCCGAGGAGGCGGAAACCUUCCAGCUGGAGGUGAGCGGUCUCAUGGCGGAGCUGUGCUGCCCGUACCCGGCGCUCACCACUGGUGACGCCACGAAGCGACUGAGCUCGGCCCAGCCCUGCCUGCAGCUCCUCUUGUUCCUCGCGACGGAGCUGCAGGCAGCGCGCGUGCUGAGGGCAAGGCAGGCGUCCCAGCAGGCACCGCCAGCGCAGGGAGAGCUCAGCGUUGAGCUCGGAGCCAUCUGCUGCUGUCUGGAGCUGGGGGAGCAGCCGGUGGCUGACGAUUCCGCGUGCAUCUUCACCCCUAUCCAGGACAAGGUGGUGCAGGUGCUGGGCAAACUCCCAGGGGCCACGAUGGAGAAGCCUCUCCUGCAGGCCGAGCUGUCACCCCCACAGUGGGAAAGGCUGGAAAACAUUAAUCAAGUGAUGCUCAGCGAGUAUGAACUGCGGAGGAAGAUGUUGCUGAAGCGUCUUGACGUCACAGUGCAGUCCUUUGGCUGGUCUGAAAAGGCUCAGACGCACGUGGACUCGGUGGCACGUGCGUACGUGCCCAAGCGCGCCGCCCUGUCCCCACGGCCGUCCGUGUCGCUGGCCCACGUGCUGGCGGCGCGCGCCGACCUGUCCCGCAUCGUGAAGACGACGGGCGGCGAUGUGCGCGCACACACGGCCUGCUCCAUCAACAAGGUGCUCAUGGGACGGGUCCCCGACAGGGGGGGCCGUCCCCGGGAGAUGGGCCCUCCCGCUCCCGACAUGCCCUUCUGGCAGAAACGGCAGAACGACCCACGCGGAGGCCGUGGUCGAGGAGGAGGCGGCGGUUGGCAGGGGGGCAGCCGGGGGGGCCAGGGUGGGGGCCAGGGUGGGUGGCAAGGCGGUGGCUACAGUGGUGGCCGUGGGGACUGGGGUGGGGGUGGCCGUGGAGGGCGGCGUGGUCAAGGCAAAUGGUGACGUCACUGAAGCUUGCCAUGAGCAUGCACCACGCUCCGUUAUUGCGUGGAAUUUUUUUAUUUUUUCAAGAGUACCACUUUUGAUGAAUGAUCAGCUUGGGUAUUUUAAUACCACUAUAAAUUAAAAUUGCUACCCUUUAAUAUAGUUCACACGAUGCUGGUAAAGUGAGGCUGGUAUACAAAUUACGACUAAUUUGAGGACCCCUUGUGCAGAGAAGUAUUUUUUUUGUUGCAUUGGAACGAGGGGGGGAGUGGUUACGGGAAAAAUAAGUGCAAAAAGUCAGAGACGUCAACGAUGGUUAUGCAAAAAUUUAGUUCGCCCUGCAUCCCUUGUAUAAACUCCUAGCCGGGUGUGCUGGGUUCAUCACGUGUGCGAUUCCCUCCCCGUUUAUCCAAAGUCAAUUGUAAGACAUUGCAAGUGUUUCCCAGACGAUAUAUUUUAAAAUAUUUAGCUGGGCAAUGUGUGUUUUUACAUUUUCUCCUAUCCUGCACACAUUUCUUUUAGAGGCUAUCAGAAUGUUUUUUUUUUAUGUUGGCUUAUUAUAUAAAUUAUUCUUCCAUACGAAAGAAGAUUAGAAAAUUGUGAAGUCAUAAAUUAAUUUACUAUUGGAGACGUUUCUUAUACACUGCAAAAUCUAAUUGAAUCACAUUUAACAAAGUCGAUUUCUUUUAUAUUUGGAUUCUUUUGAGUUAUGACUGUGAUUAAGUGUGGCCUGCGUUUGUUGUAUUUUUUUAAAAGAUCACUCCGUUGUAGUUGUUCAACAUUAAGGUACAGUCUAUUUCAGUGUUAUGCGAAUGAUCAAGUAUUUGCUGCUGUUGAAUGGCUGUAGAGAACUGAACCAUUGUUUUUCGCAGCAUAUAAAAGCAUUGUAAAGUUAGGCCCUAAUCCACUGUGCUUGCCCUUAGUUGUGCUUUGUGUACUGAAUGGAGUACACCGACACACAGUAAAGCCUCCUCGUGCUGGGCAGGACGACAGCACUCGGUAACAGAUCUUUGGUCAGUUCAUGUCCGCACCGUUCAUUUAACCAAGUGAGAGCAUGUACAGAUUAAAGUACUAUUGUUGAAGGAUAUGGAAAUGCUUUCAUCCAACAGUGGACUGAUUAUGGCUGGUGAUAAUUU